UAUUACAAAUAUGAGAAACAUUAUAUAUCCAUUCUUUCUAUAUAUCUUAACUCAAGGAUACUACCAUAUAAUAAAACUAUAAUCAUUGAUGAUAAUGCCAAAAAUUGUAUCUUGGAAACUCACAAGUUCCUUUUUUGUUCUUUUUACUUUGUUAACUUGUUCUUUAUCUAGCAUAUUCACCAUAACCAACAAUUGUCCGUAUACGAUAUGGCCGGGGACACUCGCCGGUGCAGGCACACCGGCAUUACCAUCGACCGGAUUCCAGCUUGACUCAGGUCAAGCUGUGAAACUAACAAGCGCGCCGGGAUGGUCGGGUCGGAUAUGGGCGAGGACCGGUUGCACAUUUGAUGCAACAGGAAUUGGGAAAUGUCAAACAGGUGAUUGUGGUGGAAGGCUUGAAUGUGAUGGGAAUGGUGCAGCUCCACCUACUUCACUCUUUGAGAUUACAAUUGGUCAAGGUGAUCAACAAGAUUAUUAUGAUGUUAGUAUGGUUGAUGGCUAUAAUCUACCAAUGCUUGUUCUACCAAGAGGUGUAUAUGGUAAAAGUGCUUGUAAUGCCACAGGUUGUGUGACUGAUAUCAACAGAGGUUGUCCAAAAGAACUUCAAGUAGUUGGUGAUGAUAUUGGAUACCAAGGUAGUGUAAUUGGUUGUAAGAGUGCUUGUGAAGCAUUUGGAUCAGAUCAGUACUGCUGCAGUGGACAAUUUGCUAAUCCAACAACAUGCCAACCUUCCUAUUAUUCCACAAUUUUCAAGAAGGCUUGUCCAAGAGCUUAUAGCUAUGCAUUUGAUGAUGGCACCAGCACUUUCACUUGCAAAGCUUAUGAAUAUGACAUUAUUUUCUGUCCUACCAGCAACAAGAUUACAAAACCAAAUGGUGCAUUUCCUCCGCCGCCGCCGCCGCCAUCACCAUCAAUUGGAUUUCCUUAUGAGAGGGUUCAGCAAGACAGUUCUUCUUCAAGUGUUAUCUUGCCUUUUCAAGUGUCAAUCUUUCUCUUAGUUGCCACAAUAUUCUCUGUGUUUAUAGAAAAGAUUUUACCAAUGAUUUGAAGUAGUGCCAGCAAAGAAUCAUACAAGUUUUUUCUUGGAAAGUUAGAAACAACUUGGAAAAGGCCAAUACAAGGAAAUGGAAAUGAUAAGCAGUGAAAAUGAAUCAUAUGAAGAAUCCUACUGAA